AUGCGCGGUGUGGACAGCACUGCUUAUCUAGUAUGUAAGCCUGAAUUUGUUCCUGUCGGUUACAAUGUUAGCACAUGCUGCUAUGAUGGAAUUUGGCGACCCGAGCUUGGUUCGUGCAAAUUGAAGGAAGAAUACAAAAAACCUUACUGUAAGCCAUAUACAUCAAUAAAAAUACCAGAACUUGAAUACAAUCCACCGAUACAUGCGAUAGCGCUUAAUUCCACAGUAACCCUGAAAUGUGCAAUUGGUCAGCGACUUCAGGGCAAUGGGAAGUCUAAAUGUGUGGACGGCUUAUGGACACCAACCUUGGGCACUUGCGUUGACGAAGAUAAGAUAGAUAAUGAUUGAAAUUAUCAGUUCGUCUCAACUAAUUGAUUGAAAAUAUUUUAAUUCCAAAUUUUGGGCGAAUACAUUUUGUGAAAACUCGAAAUGUUUUCAGCAAUUAAAUAAGACAACGAUAUCGUCC